CGGGACUGAUAAGCGCGACCGUUGCCUAUCGGCCCCUUGCACCGAGCUUAUUUAUUCCCCAUCUCUCCUCCCCAACUUCUUUCGAUCCCCAACCCACAACAUCCCCAAACACCAUGCUUACCUCCACUCUGCUGCUCCUCUGGAGCACCGCCGGAGCUGCCUUGGCCUCGCCCCACCCUCGCUCCGAAUCCCAAGUAGUCUUUGCCCCGUCCCCGGAGGGCCCCAGUGCAUAUGGCCAUCUCGAGGUGGACGAGGCCAUUCUCUCCGCCCUGAACACCCAUUCCGACCCUGUCGCGGCGCUGGUAUCUUUGUAUCCUGAGCAGGCCGCUUUCCUGGCCGAGCCGCGUCUCUUGCAUGUCCGAGGCGAAGAAAAGCCCGAAUGGAUGACUGAGGGAGACAAGAUCCGCCUCCGCCGCCGCGGUCAAAAGUUCAUAGACAUCACCGACCACCAUGAAUUUUACGCCGAGCAGGCGACAGUUGCUACUGCCGGUAACCCAAAUCUCCCCAACCUAGUCCACAAACGCCUUGUCAAGCCGCUAUUCGCUCACAUCGAGACGCAACGAAUGUCCGACGUCCUCCGGCAUAUGACCUCGUACUACAACCGCUACUACGGUGACUUUCACGGCGAAAAAAGCUCCGAAUGGCUUCAUGAUCACAUUGCCGAGAUCAUUGCUAACUCGCCCUUCGGCACCCACAUCUCCCUGGAAUACUUUACCCAUCCAUUCCGCCAAUCGUCUAUUAUUGCGCGUUUUGAACCCAAAGUCCGCAACUUUUCCCUGCCCUUGACCAUCAUCGGCGCGCACCAAGACUCUGCCAACUACCUCUUCCCGCUGCUCCCUGCCCCUGGUGCAGACGAUGAUUGCUCCGGUACCGUCAGUAUCCUCGAGGCAUUUCGCAUCCUCGCUGAAAGUGGGUACGCGCCCAAGUAUGGUCCUGUCGAGUUCCACUGGUACGCGGCCGAAGAGGGCGGACUUUUGGGCAGCCAGGCUGUCGCGCGGUACAAGAAGGAACAGGGCGCGAAGAUUGGCGCGAUGAUGGAGUUUGACAUGACAGCGUUUAUUGCUCGCAACGCCACUGAGACGAUCGGUUUUGUCUCGACACAGGCCGAUGCCGCGCUUACAAACUGGACUGUGAAUCUGAGCCGAGAAUAUAUUUCCAUUCCGGCAGAAGUAUAUGAGCUCGGACCCAACGCGGGCUCGGACUACAUGUCCUAUACGCAACUCAACUACCCCUCUGCCUUCGCCUCCGAGGGAAACCCUCUUGGCGGGGCGGGCUUCCCGGGCGAAUUCGAUCCCUACAUCCACGGCGUGGGAGACACGAUGGAUAUUGAUGAUGAAACAGGUGUUUUCUCUCUUGAUCACAUGGCUCGAUUCUCCGAACUAGCCAUCGCCUUUGCCGUAGAGCAGGCCGGAUGGGAUAAUUCGUGGAGGUAGUAUACCAUAUAUAGAUGCUUCGACUACACUACUCUUGGAAAGUUCCAUUGUGCGUUGAGAUCUGGUCUGCGCUAGGCAGAUACCAGUACUGUACAGUCAGCGAGGAAUAUACAUGUUAUACUACAA